UGAGGCCACUUUCAGCUCACAUGAACUCCCAAUUUCCUCUGCUAACAGCUAAGCUUUGUGUUGUGGUCCCUUUUCCAAAACGACGGACGACACUCUUCUUUCUUUCUUUUUUCCUAAAAUUAAUUUCUUUUUAACCUUUAAUUACGCCUGCUCCUCCUCAUCCUCUCACUCUCACUCUCACUCUCACUCUCACUCUAAUCUCUCAAUUAGUGUGACUAAUGUGAGAGCCGUCGUCAUUAGCCUCACUCACAUCUGAUUACUCAUUCUCUUCUAUCCUUCUCUCUCUUUAUUUCCCUUUCAAUUCCUCAGCAGUAACCCAUGGAUUCCGAUAACAACCUAAUGAACGUGCUUCUAGUAAUCGCAGCCACACUGUUAGUGGCGAAGCUUAUCUCUGCAUUUGUAUUGCCCAGAUCUAGAAAGCGUCUUCCUCCGGUCGUCAAAGGCUUGCCCCUGGUCGGAGGGCUCUUCCGGUUCUUGAAAGGACCCAUCAUUAUGCUUCGGGAUGAGUAUCCGAAGCUUGGGAGUGUUUUCACUGUCAACCUUGCUCAAAAGAAGAUCACCUUCUUUAUUGGCCCUGAAGUCUCUGCUCACUUCUUCAAGGCCCCAGAGUCUGACCUCAGCCAGCAGGAGGUUUAUCAAUUCAAUGUUCCUACUUUCGGACCUGGCGUUGUCUUUGAUGUCGAUUAUUCCAUUCGCCAAGAGCAAUUCCGCUUCUUUACCGAGGCUCUUAGAGUCCAUAAACUUAAGGGCUAUGUCGAUCAGAUGGUCAUGGAAGCCCAGGAUUACUUCUCAAAGUGGGGAGAUAGUGGUGAAGUAGACUUAAAGUAUGAACUCGAGCAUCUGAUUAUAUUGACAGCCAGUAGAUGUCUUCUGGGUCGAGAAGUUCGUGAUAAGCUUUUCGAUGAUGUGUCUGCUCUAUUCCAUGAUCUGGACAAUGGAAUGCUCCCCAUCAGUGUAUUAUUCCCAUACCUGCCCAUUCCAGCUCACCGACGCCGUGACAGAGCCCGCAAGAAGCUGGCAGAAAUCUUUGCAAAUAUCAUAGCUUCCCGCAAACUUGCUGGAAAAACAGAGAAUGACAUGCUGCAGUGCUUUAUUGAUUCGAAGUACAAAGAUGGUCGCCCAACAACUGAAGCCGAGGUUACUGGUCUGCUUAUUGCUGCACUGUUUGCUGGGCAGCACACCAGUUCCAUCACCUCUACUUGGACCGGGGCCUACCUGCUCCGUUACAAAGAGUAUUUAUCUGCUGUAUUGGAGGAACAGAAAACCCUGAUGGAAAAACAUGGAAACAAGGUUGAUCAUGAUAUCUUGUCUGAAAUGGAUGUCCUGUAUAGGUGCAUUAAGGAAGCCCUAAGGCUCCAUCCUCCCCUAAUAAUGCUGCUGCGAAGCUCCCACAGUGAUUUUAGCGUGAAAACCCGAGACGGGAAAGAAUAUGACAUCCCAAAGGGCCACAUUGUAGCAACAUCACCGGCAUUUGCAAACAGGCUUCCUCAUAUCUAUAAGAAUCCAGACAGAUAUGAUCCGGACAGAUAUUCUGCUGGGAGAGAAGAAGAUAAAGUGGCAGGAGCCUUUUCAUAUAUUUCUUUUGGUGGAGGCAGGCAUGGCUGCCUCGGUGAACCUUUUGCAUUUUUGCAGAUAAAGGCUAUCUGGAGCCAUUUGCUGAGGAAUUUUGAAUUUGAGCUAGUAUCUCCUUUUCCUGAGACUGACUGGAAUGCAAUGGUUGUGGGUGUGAAAGGAAAGGUGAUGGUACGCUAUAAGCGCAGGGAGCUUUCAGUAAACUAGUGAAAUCAACGUUAACUUAUGGAUGUUAAAACAUUAUGCUCUCUAUAACUUGUUUGGUGUUUUGAUUUAUUUAUGUUUCUAGGAGGUGUUUUGCCCUCCUUAAGCAGUGGUCGUUUUUAUGAUAUUUUGUUUAAUUAAUGUAGCUUGCGACACUCUAGUUUCUUCUUGAA